GCAGCGCACACAGAGGGGUACAGCAGCGAUCACCAUGGGACUCACCAAAGACCCCAACUUCCAAAAACUGCAGCAAUGGUACACAGUCAACGGCCAGAAACUCAACCUGAGGCAAAUGUUCGAGUCCGACCAGCAGAGAUUCAGCAAGUUCAGCCUAACUCUAAAGACAGAAGAUGGUGAUGUUCUGCUGGACUACUCCAAGAACCUCAUCAACGAGGAGGUCAUGAAGAUGCUGAUUGAACUGGCGAAGUCCCGUGGAGUGGAGGCAGCUCGUGACAGGAUGUUCUCCGGCGAAAAAAUCAACUUCACAGAGGGUCGCGCUGUUCUCCAUGUGGCGCUGAGAAACCGUUCCAACACACCCAUCAACGUGGACGGGAAAGACGUCAUGCCUGAGGUCAACAAGGUCCUGGAGAAGAUGAAGGGCUUUUGUCAUAAAGUGCGCAGUGGAGAGUGGAAAGGCUACACAGGGAAAUCCAUCACUGACAUCGUGAACAUCGGCAUCGGAGGCUCGGACCUGGGUCCUCUGAUGGUGACCGAGGCUCUGAAGCCGUACUCCAAAGGCGGACCGCGCGCCUGGUUCGUCUCAAACAUCGACGGCACGCACAUCGCCAAGACGCUGGCGGAGCUCAACGCCGAGACCACGCUGUUCAUCAUCGCCUCAAAGACUUUCACCACGCAGGAGACCAUCACCAACGCAGAGUCGGCCAAGGAGUGGUUCCUGCAGGCUGCCAAAGACAAAUCUGCUGUGGCUAAACACUUUGUCGCCCUCUCAACCAACGGUCCUAAAGUGAAGGAUUUUGGUAUUGACCUGGAGAACAUGUUCGAGUUCUGGGAUUGGGUUGGUGGACGCUACUCCUUAUGGUCUGCAAUCGGACUCUCCAUUGCUUUGCAUAUCGGUUAUGAGAACUUUGAGAAACUGUUAGCUGGAGCUCACUGGAUGGACACUCAUUUUCGAACAGCUCCCCUCGAUCAGAACGCCCCCGUUCUUCUGGCCAUGCUGGGGGUCUGGUACAUAAACUUCUUUCAGGCGGAGACGCACUGCCUACUGCCCUACGACCAGUACAUGCACCGCUUCGCUGCCUACUUCCAGCAGGGUGACAUGGAGUCCAACGGGAAGUACAUCACCAAUCAUGGAAAGCAGGUGAACUACCACACCGGACCCAUCGUAUGGGGAGAGCCUGGCACUAAUGGGCAGCAUGCUUUCUACCAGCUCAUUCACCAGGGAACUCGUAUGGUUCCUGCUGAUUUCCUCAUCCCAGCCCAGACUCAGAACCCCAUCAGAAACAGCCUGCACCAUAAGAUCCUGAUGGCUAAUUUCCUGGCCCAGACUGAAGCUCUGAUGAAAGGAAAGACGACAGAAGAAGCAAAGAAGGAGCUUGAAGCUGGAGGACUGAGUGGAGAGAAACUGGAGAAGAUUCUUCCCCACAAGGUUUUCCAAGGAAACAAACCAACAAAUUCUAUCAUCUUUAAGAAGCUGACACCGUUCACCCUCGGAGUGCUUAUUGCGCUGUACGAACAUAAGAUCUUCAUCCAGGGAGUGAUGUGGGAGAUCAACAGUUUUGACCAGUGGGGGGUGGAACUCGGGAAACAGUUGGCCAAGAAGAUCGAGCCGGAGCUGCAGGACACCACCGAGGUCGGCUCCCAUGACUCCUCUACCAACGGCCUCAUCAAUUUCAUUAAGAAGAACUUUGCUUGAACGCACACGGAACACACACAUACAAAACCAUGCUUCACAGGCCCCCUGCUUGCCCCACGACCCCCCCUUGGGAUUUCUGGAACCCUCCAGCCGGAGCUGUUCUAAACCACCCAGCACGAACCCAUUAGAGGAGAUUUCUAACACAGAGUAAGUGUCUAAAUAUGGAAGAUGUCAGGUUAUAAAUAAACAACAUGAGAAAAAUC